CCUACAAUGCCAGAGCCAGCAAAGCCUGCCCCAAAGAAGGGCUCCAAGAAAGCCGUGACUAAGGCGGCAGGAAAGGGAGGAAAGAAGCGCAGAAAGUCCAGGAAGGAAAGUUAUGCUAUCUACGUGUACAAGGUCCUGAAGCAAGUCCACCCCGACACCGGUAUCUCCUCCAAGGCGAUGGGAAUCAUGAACUCGUUCGUGAACGAUAUCUUCGAGCGCAUUGCUGGAGAAGCUUCCCGCUUGGCUCACUACAACAAGCGUUCCACCAUCUCUUCCAGGGAGAUCCAGACUGCAGUGCGUCUGCUUCUGCCCGGUGAGCUGGCCAAGCACGCCGUGUCCGAGGGAACCAAAGCCGUCACCAAGUACACCAGCUCCAAGUAAAUCCAAAUUUCAAACGCGCUCCAA